UGUGUUUCCCACUGAACUCUGUGUAGCACGGGCAUUUGUGACAACGUGGAUAACAAAAGCUCAGUCACCAUAUCAGCAAGCUUGAGCUCAGAAGGGCGUGUGAAGAUGGGAUAACAAUUGUACACGGCCAUCUGCGACUUCAAGGGGGCCGAGAAGAGUAUAUUGAACAAGGCAUAUUAGCGUCCUGAAUAAAAUCGGGAUGAUGUCAAUGAGAAAAGAAGGAAUGAAGGUGGAACGCCAUGACAUGAAUACCCUCAGUCUACCCCUGAACAUACGCCGAGGGGGGUCAGACACCAACCUCAACUUCGACGUCCCAGAUGGCAUCCUGGAUUUUCACAAGGUCAAACUCAAUGCAGACAGCCUGAAACAAAAAAUCUUAAAGGUGACAGAACAGAUAAAAAUCGAGCAGACGUCCCGAGAUGGGAACGUUGCCGAGUAUCUGAAACUGGUCAGCAGCGCCGACAAGCAGCAGGCUGGGCGCAUCAAGCAGGUCUUUGAGAAGAAGAACCAGAAAUCAGCCCACUCCAUUGCCCAGCUGCAGAAGAAGUUGGAACAGUAUCAUAGAAAGCUCAGGGAAAUUGAACAGAAUGGAGCGACCAGAAGCUCAAAGGACAUUUCUAAAGACAGCGUGAAGGAGAUACACCACUCUCUGAAGGAAGCCCACGUGAAAUCCCGAACUGCUCCCCACUGCUUGGAGAGCAGUAAGUCGAGCAUGCCAGGGGUAUCCCUCACGCCCCCCGUGUUUGUCUUCAAUAAGUCCAGAGAGUUUGCCAACUUGAUCCGGAAUAAGUUUGGCAGCGCAGACAACAUUGCUCACUUGAAGAAUUCCCUGGAAGAGUUCAGGCCCGAAGCUAGCCCCAGGGCUUACGGCGGAAGCGCUACCAUCGUGAACAAGCCCAAGUAUGGCAGUGAUGACGAGUGUUCUAGUGGUACAUCCGGCUCAGCUGACAGCAAUGGGAACCAGUCCUUUGGGACUGGUGGGGCCAGCACCAUGGACAGCCAGGGGAAGCUUGCCAUGAUCAUAGAGGAACUGAGGGAGAUCAAGGUUACCCAAACCCAGCUGGCAGAGGACAUCGAGGCACUGAAGGUGCAGUUUAAGAGAGAAUAUGGCUUUAUCUCUCAGACUCUGCAAGAGGAGAGAUACAGGUAUGAACGACUUGAAGACCAGCUCCAUGACCUGACAGAGCUGCACCAGCAUGAGACAGCCAACCUAAAGCAGGAACUAGCCAGUGCCGAGGAGAAGGUGGCCUACCAGGCCUAUGAACGCUCAAGGGACAUCCAGGAAGCCUUGGAGUCUUGCCAGACACGCAUCUCUAAGCUGGAACUCCACCAACAGGAACAGCAGGCCCUGCAGACCGAUGCCGUGAACGCCAAGGUCCUGCUGGGGAAAUGCAUCAAUGUGGUUCUGGCCUUCAUGACUGUCAUUCUGGUGUGCGUGUCCACCCUGGCCAAGUUCGUCUCGCCCAUGAUGAAGAGUCGCUCCCACAUCCUUGGCACCUUCUUUGCUGUGACUCUUCUCGCAAUAUUCUGUAAAAACUGGGAUCAUAUCGUGUGUGCCAUAGAAAGAAUAAUCAUCCCAAGAUGAGCCGCCAGUUCCCGCCUUCACAUGCUCUCUACGUUUUUAUUUUGAAGAAAACUCUGUGCAUACACUACCAAAAUUUCUGAAUGGAUGGCUGUGCCAAAGACGGCGAGAAGGACCAGAGCUGUGCGGUGUAAAUAAGUAAAGUCUCUUAACCCAGUAGCACUUGCCAACACUGUCCCUGUGCGUGGUUAGCGUGAAACUGUCCCAGAGUCCUCCUCACAUGUCUCACUGCCUUAAUCAGAGCAGAUCUCCAGCCUGCCUAUCGAGCUCGGCACGGUAAAGCCCUGUUGAUGGAGCACCGUGAUUGCUAACAGCUGUGUUCUGAAUUCCCCUGACCAGCAAGAAUAUGGCAGGAUUCAGGGAAGUGAGCAAACACAGGUACUGGCAGGGUUGAGCUCCUGGAGGCCUAUAGAAGCUCAGUGAGUCUCUCUGUGAUCAGUCCCACUUGUCCACAGGUGGCUCUGUGUCCCACUAUGUACCCAGUGUUCACAGUGGUCAAUGGCGUAUGUCCUCAUAACAUGGAAAUCUUCUACCUGCUUAUCCAGCGAAUGUCUGCCCGGACCGGUAGCACUGCACUUUACAAGGUAGACAACUAGGGUUUACAGCCGGGCUUUCCUCUUUUUAGGCCCAGGGCACCACACAACUGAUUUCAUCUUGUGUGGUUAGCAGUGCUCUGCCCUCAGAGCGUGCGGCUGGGCCAUUGUCAAACUGUAGCUUUGACAGCUCGGGGUCCUGCAAGCCUCCCUGGGGAAGCCUACGCUCUGGUGGUUGUUAACUGUGACAAAUGCCCUUAGAGGACAGGAUGCACUUUAUGUGAUUCACUUUACUCACGGGUCUGCAUGGAUCAGACUGCAAAGCUUGUUCAGGAAAUGAAAAUGAAUGACGCUCGUGUGGCCCGGUUUUCUUUUUCUCAGAGACAGCAGAAUCAAACUUCAUAAAACUUCUGUGUGCCGAGGCGGGACACUGGAGGCCUAAGAGGGAUGUGAACUUUUAGGUCUAAUCAAAUGGCGGCUAGAUUAGUGGGAGCCCUUUACCCAGAUGAGAGCAGGAGGGUCCACUUAGGGACGUGAAAAGCACCAGGAAUAAAAUGAAGUCCCGUGCUGGAGCUGAGUUGCUGCUGUGUGUCCCUUAGGUACACAGAUAAGCUCUGAGGUCAUGGGACAAACGCACUGACAGGGACCAGAAAGCGUGCAAGAGCCGCUUGCCGUGUUGUGUUUGAUGGUUGCCAUUUACUGGCAAACCUGGUUUUCUGUGUACACCACCAAGAGGAGGGAGAUUUUACUGGAUGCUGUCAGCCAGCCAGUCAGGACUCUGGUCCUCCUACCCCGGGACCUGUUGAAGGUGUAAAGAUACUCUUAAAUACUUUUUUCCAGAAGAAUCUCUCAGAUUUACCUAUCCUCACUUCUUAAAUACUUUCUUCCAGAAGAAUCUCUUACUUGCCAAUGGAUGUCCUUAGGGACAUUCCCUGGGGGUUGGGGGGUGGCGGCAUGUAGCAGUUUUUUACAAGUCCAGGUUAUAAGAGUAGGACCCAAACAGCUCCAACCUUUGCUCCUCCCCCACUCCCAACUUCGAAGUUAAUAACUCAUAAUUUUAGUAAAUUCACAGAGUAUUUAACCAUCACCCCUAACCAAUUUCCAGAGCCACGCUUUUCAAAAAACAGUAAAUAUAACUUUAUGAAAUACAGAGGAUUUUGAAAUCAGGGGUGGGGGAGUUCCCAGCUCCACUCCUAUCCAUGGCUUUGUCCCCACUCAGGAGACAGAGGUUUCUAGUCCAAGAAAGGGAGGAAGAGAGAACCAUGUUCUUUCCUUUUUCUUGUAUUUUAAAAGUCUGCUCCCUUACCUGUAGGCACCAGACUCCAUCUGCCUACAAGCUGGGCUCUGUUGGCCUCCCGUUCCUGUUUGUGAAUAUUUCCAUGCGGCACCAAGAGUGUGCCAGGGUCUGGGAUGCCCGUGAAUGCUGCUAGCAAGAUUCAGAAUGAGUUUGAAUGCAGCCUUAGAGCCUUAGUUAGCUAGGGCUCUGGGAGAACCCAGGAAGAGGUUCUGUUCUCACGCCAGCACCCGCCCCACUCUUGCAGAGCCUAACAGGACCACUCUUGAUUGACACUUGUCAGACCUGCAAUCUGUGUUUCUUCUUCCUGGUGAGAAAGUCCAAAAUAGCACACUCCACACCCUUCAGACUGAGCUUUGGACAGAAUCUAUUAGAAAC